CACCGCGUCGCGCGCACUUUUUUACAUAAAAAUAUAAUAUAUUUUACGAAAUAUGUAUAUAAACAAAACUAUGUCAUAUAUCGGGUCAGUCGGUUACGGAAGACUGUGCAGUGCACACACAUAGUUUCGGAAAUAUUCCAAAAGUGUUGCAACGAUGUGGUCACUAAUUCUGUUGUUAGUGAACGCUGCCGGCUACAUGUGUUCCGACGACCACGGUCACGGCGACGACAGCGCGCAGGAUCACGGAGAAGACCAUGGCUGGACGUACGAAUUCGAGAGCAAGUGGCCGGGUCAGUGCAACGCGGGCAACAUGCAGUCCCCCAUCAACGUGGUGACGGCAGACGCCAUCAUGGACAAGAACGAGGUGGUGCUGCGCGGCCCGCUCGUGUUCAGAGGGUACACCAAUGUCAACAUGGCCGCUGAGAAUAACGGGCAUACGGUAAAAUGGAUGGUGGAGCCGGACGCGCCGGCGCCGCUGCUGUCGGGCGGCCCGCUGCGGGGCAACUACAGCUUCAUACAGUUCCACCUGCACUGGCUCUCAGAACACGCCAUCGAUGGGAAGAAAUUUCCCGUGGAGAUCCACUUCGUGCACAUGAAGACCGGCCUGUCAUCGGAGGAGGCGCUCAAGCGGCCCGACGGCCUCGCCGUCGUUGCGGUCAUGGGUGAGGUAAGCAGCGGACCAGAUAGUGAGUACGCAUUCGAGCAGAUCGCGCCCGCCUUGCCCGACCUCGUGCAGCGCUCACAGGGAAAAGUUAAAGCCUCCUACAUAGACCUUACGAGGUUGCUCAGUCCGGAGACGCAGUCGUACUAUACCUAUCACGGCUCGCUGACCACUCCGCAGUGCCAAGAGAUCGUUACGUGGAUCGUCAUGGACAAGCCCAUCACAGUCGGAGACGGACAGUACAAGCUCCUCAGCAAAAUCGACGUGGGCGGCAUCAACAACUACCGCAGCCUGCAGCCUGCCAACCGCAUGGUGUACCGCAGCAUCGCCUCCUGCGCCGCCGUCGCCGCGCCCAGCUCCAUCGGCCUCAUGGCCAGCCUCAUCAACUUCUCCGCCUCCCUCUCCACCACCUUCAGCAGAGGAAUCUGCGCCCUCGUCAACAUCAAGAGGAAGAUAUUCGGGAACGCCAUCAAGGAGUGCACGGACAAAGGCUUUCCGAUAAUGUGUGUGUUAACUAUUCUUCUUGGUCUCUCAUAUUUAGAUGUAAGUACGUCUUUGUCUAUCGAAGAUAUCAAAUUGGAGGACUUAACAGAAUUGGAGCAACCCAGCACCUUAUGUGAAAAGGUGGGCUGGCGGCAGUCCCCUAUCAAUAUUGAGGAUCAUGAUACCAUCAAGGACUUCGAGAGAAUGUUCAUAAAGUAUGGACACCUCAAGUUUUAUGGGUACCACAAUGUGCUGAUGACAGGAGUCAACGAUGGAAAAAACAUAAGGUUCAUAGCAGACGGCGACCAGAGCAUGCGGCCCCGCGUCACUGGCGGCCCUCUGGAGCGCUUCUACUACCUCACCGAGGUGACCUUCCGAUAUCCCUCCGAACAUGCUCUGGAUGGUGGCAAAUACCCCAUGGAGAUACAGUUGGUGCACGUCCGCGACAACCUCACUCUCACCACAGCGCGCCAUUUCCGCGACGGUUUGGCCAUUUUCUCCGUUUUCUCUAAUAUAUCAGAACCAGAGAACAUAACGCACAGACACCCCACUGACGAGAUACACGAUUUCCUGCCAGAGCUGACGAAGACGGGUAAACUAAGUGGCUUGCUGAUCGACCUGAGGGAUAUAUUAGUCCCAGCUAAUGGUAUCUUCUACACCUACAUGGGCUCCCUGACGGUGCCGGACUGCAAUGAAAUUGUGAUUUGGAUCGUGUUCAAAAACCCUAUCUACAAAUCGUAUGAAAGUUACUCAAUAAUAACGGAAGAAGGUACCAAGCCGUCCAACAGCCGCGCGCUGCAGGAGCUGCGUCGUCACAUCGUGUACCAGCCACCGGAGCCGUUCUUCGCCACGCCCGUCGCAGUACAGAACCUCGUGUCCGCCGUCACCAACAUGGUGGGCUUCAUCAAGGAGGUGUCCUUGUUAGUAUUCCUUGUUUCUACUUGGCAUAGUCUGCGAUUUCCGAGGAAUCCAUUCUAA